AAUUAUAAUUAAACGCGUUAUUUUCUGUUUGUGUCUGUUAAAAAGUGCAUCAAAUGUUGUGGCGUUAUUUUUUCUACGUAAAAUCGCAAAUAAGCAGUGGAAUAAGAUAAAUUUUACGCAGGAAAAUAUGAUGAAAAGUUAGAAUAUUUUUCCCCUUGGAAGCCGUCCGUGAAGCUUAUUAGUGGUGUUCGUGUUUACGCAAGAAUUGAUGAGCAAACCAAAGGCCAUAAUAAAAUUGACCUGCGUUCACUAUAAGUUCAGUCCAGAAGUUUACUAGGAAUCUAGAAAUACCGUUUCGAAUCCACCGCCGUUCGAUCGGGUUUGCUGUCGUUUCAUUCGAAAGCGCUGCCUUAAGGUGGAUUCCGAAAGCAUCUUCGGGGCACCUCCGUCCGGGAGAAUGAUGGCCCCCUUCCGGCGCAAAAAAUCCAACAAGGAGUUUCCGGUUAAGGUGUGCACCUACGACUCCGAGCUGGAGUUUCCUCUUGAGCACCGCGCAACUGGUAGCUAUCUUUUCGAUCUAAUUUGUCGCACAAUCGGUCUGCGGGAGACGUGGUACUUCGGUCUGCGCUAUGUGGACAAAAAAGGCUAUAAGAGCUGGCUUAAAAUGGACAAAAAAGUUCUCGAUCAGCACAUAAACCUUACGAACGAAGGUUGCGUGUUUAUGUUUAUGGCAAAAUUCUUUCCCGAGAAUGUAGCCGAAGAGCUGGUGCAGGAAGUUACCCAGCACAUGUUCUUCCUGCAGAUCAAAGCAGCGAUCCUGACGAUGGAAGUUUACUGUCCACCGGAGGCAUCCGUUUUGCUAGCAUCCUAUGCAGUGCAGGCCAAGUAUGGUGAUUACGAUGAGGCUGUUUGCAAGCCGGGUAUGUUGAUCAGUGAAAAUUUACUGCCACAGCGGGUAAUUGAUCAGUAUCAAAUGACACCGCAGAUGUGGGAAGAACGCAUCAAAACCUGGUACGCUGAUCAUCGGGGCAUGUCGAGGGACGAAGCGGAAAUGGAGUAUUUGAAAAUCGCACAAGAUUUGGACAUGUUCGGUGUUAACUAUUUUCCGAUCACAAACAAGAAAAACACGGAAGUCUACGUUGGCGUAACGGCACUUGGACUCAACAUUUACAGCAAAGAAAAUAAACUGACACCGAUGACGACUUUCCCGUGGAAUGAAAUACGCAACAUCAGCUUUGAUGGGAAAAGAUUCUUCGUCAAAACGAACGAAGAAAAGGGUAAUGUUGCCACUACGUUCUACUCGGAGAAAGCUCGGACCAACAAGGAACUGUUGGACCUGUGUGUGGGCAAUCACGAACUGUAUAUGAAACGGCGCAAGCCGGAUACGAUGGAGAUUCAACAGAUGAAAGCACAAGCGAAGGAGGAAAAACAUCGACGGCACAUCGAGAGAAACAAGUUGGCUCGGGAGAAACAGUUGCGAGAAGAGGCAGAACAGGAAAGAGCCAACAUGGAGAAAAGACUGAUGCAAUUACAGGAGGAGAUGGCAGCUGCCAAUGAGGCUUUGCGUCGAAGCGAAGAAGCAGCGGAGCUGUUGGCGGAGAAGAACCGCCUAGCAGAGGAGGAAGCUUUGCUACUCUCGCAUAAAGCACUGGAGGUGGAACAAGAGAUUAAUCGGAUGCGUAUGACGGCGCGAAAAACUGAAGAGGAGAAAAUUUACUUGGAGCGAAAAACACAGGAAGCUGAGCUGCUGACUGCUCGAAUGAUCGAGGAGUCCCGCAAGCGAUCCAUGGAAGCUGACAAGCUGAAGAACGAGCUAAUUCACGCCCGUGUUGCAGAGAAGGAAGCCAAGGAAAAACUGCUUACCUUCCUGAGUCGAACAUCUACCGAAUCGAUAUUUAUAACACCGUCUUCCUCGCCGGAAACUCCCAACUUGGAGAGUAACACUUACGAUCUGCUUGCUGACGGCGAUAUGGACCAGCUCUCAUUGGAGAUAGAGAAGGAGAGAGUGGAAUACCUGACCAAGUCUAAGCAAGUGCAGAAUCAGUUGAAGGAGCUCCGCUCGGAAAUUGAGCAACUGAAGAUCGGCGAAAAGCAGUGCCCGCUGGACAACAUCAAUGCGCAGCAGAUGCGCCUAGGUGAGACCAAGUAUUCCACCCUGAAGAAGCUCAAGUCGGGUUCGACGAAAGCACGAGUAGCGUUUUUUGAGGAACUGGAACCGGAGGAAUCUUUAGCCUAGUAGCCAUACGAUGGGUCUCUAUUGUAAAACUCACUCCUCUCAAGUAUGACAACCAUGUGAUUGAUCGCUUCACAAUUUUAAUUGAACAAAUAGCUGUUGAAUGUUAUUUUUGGAGUUCUUUUUACUCAGGUAUUCAGGUAAGUUUCUGAUUGUAUUCUGGACAAUCUUAAGAUUAAAUCUCUAGUGACAACUGCCUAAGUUAGGAAAUUCUUUGUCACAACUAGUGUAUUCGAUUACAGUGAAAAAU